CAGGCUUUGCCCAGCUUCUCUCUUGUCCACAGAGGUCUCUGCCUUCCUCAGCAGCUCCUGCAGGACUGGCUGUGGUGGCUCCUGAAUCCUGCGAAGGAUAGCUCUCCUCUCUUCAGAGCACACCUCCUUUCUUGCUCCCCAUCCUAGCUCAGGAGGAUUCAGUGAUGGCCUGGGAGCCCACAUACCUGCUGUCCCCAGUGCUUCUGCUGCUCCUGGCCUCAGGCUCCUGGACACAGAACCUGGAGUUACUUCAAGCAAUGGAGGGCCAGACUGUUUCUGUGACAUGCUGGUAUGAUGCGCUCUACCACUCCAGUGAGAAGGUCUGGUGUGAGCAAAUAGACAGCUCGUGUUACCCCUUCAUCAGCAAAGGUGCCAAGAAGCUAAGAUACUCCAUCCGGCAGUCUUCUCAGUUCAACCACUUCACUGUCACCAUGACUGAGCUCAAGAUGAGUGACUCGGGCAUCUAUCACUGUGGGAUCACUACAAAUACCAGGAUAAUUUAUCUCAGAACUAUCCACCUGGUGGUGUCAAAAGGCAGUAACAAUGUGUUCACGUCUGACAUCGUUCCUACUACAAGCCUGACUGAGCAUCCCAUUCUUAUUACUGCAAAACACUCACCCAGUGACACAAUUACAACCCGAUCCCUACCCCAGCCCACUGCUAUUGUUUCCUCUCCUGAUCCUGGAGUCACCAUCAUAAAAGAGGCAGAUGCUGACAGGGGUUCUGUAUCCUGUAUUAUUAUUGCCAUGGUCUGUGGACUCCUCAGCAAGACACUGGUAUUCACUGUCUUAUUCAUUGUCACACAGAAGUCAUUUGGACAACAUGAAGGCACACAACAGUAACUCCUGACCUUCAGCCAAGUCUAUGUCACAGGAGGAGCUGAGAUGGGGGCUAAACAGGAACUAUAUGACAUGAAUUGAGACUGUAAUCAUGGGUGACAUCUAAGACACAAGAUGUUCUCAGCUGGACCUGCCCACUUUGUG